AUGCCGCCGCCUGUGGGCAGAUACGGGCCCUCGGCCUUGAACGCGCCCUUUGCGCAUCUUCAACAAGCCCAUCAAUUACAGCAGACACAACAACAACAAUCACAAUCACAACAUCAUGCCGCCCAUACACAAUCUGUCAACGCCGCACUUCCACCUCCUUCGUUAGGCGGGCACCCUGGUUUUAGCGCUGUGGCUUCUAGCUCGACUGCCAACCCAUUUGGACUCGGUAAUGCGAAUGGUGUGGGCGCGUUUGGUGCUGAUGCCGCCAAUGGGACUGGACUUGCUAGCCAUGCAGCACAGAUGGGAUUCGUUCGAGGCGCGCAGAUGCAGCAACAGCAACUACAUCAGGCUCAGGAUGGAAGGUUAAUGUUGGAAGGCAAGGCCAACUCGAUAAAGACUCGAAUCCGCGAUGUGUGGAAACAUAACCUGGCACAAGAAAUGGCUGUGUUGAGACGGCUGGUGGAGCGAUAUCCAUAUAUCAGCAUGGAUACCGAAUUCCCUGGCAUUGUCGCUCGACCUAUGGGCGCCUUCACGACAAAAGCAGACUACCAUUACCAAACCCUACGCUGUAACGUCGAUCUUCUCAAAAUGAUUCAACUCGGUAUUACGCUAUUCUCCCCAGAAGGUGAACUGCCGCCUGCAACACCGACGGAAGCCAACGGACAGGGAUAUGCCGGUAACUAUGGACCAGCACCAUGUACAUGGCAAUUCAAUUUUCGAUUCUCCUUGGAAGACGACAUGUAUGCUCAAGACUCGACAAGUAUGCUAGCCAAAGCCGGUAUUGAUUUCUCCAUGCAUGAAAAGAAUGGUAUCGAUCCGAUUGAGUUUGGUGCACUUCUGAUGAGUUCUGGGUUGGUUCUGUUGGACGACGUUCACUGGAUUUCGUUCCAUUCUGGUUACGAUUUUGGCUACUUGAUGAAGAUUAUGCUUUGCAAGCCUCUUCCAGAAGAUGAAGAGGAGUUUCACAAGCUGCUCAGAAUUUUCUUCCCGUCUCUCUACGACAUUAAAUAUCUCAUGAAGCAUGCAGGGCGGAACCAGACCGCCAAUGACUCUCCCUUGACUCCAGCGGCGCUUCAGGUCAUCAACAAUCUGGGCCAGAAAUCCGGUCUACAGGAUAUUGCCGACGAGCUUGGCGUCAAGCGAGUAGGUAUAGCCCACCAGGCGGGAUCAGAUUCGUUGGUCACAGGCGAGAUAUACUGGAAAAUGCGACAGAUUGUCUUCAACGGCACAAUAGAUGAAGCUAAAUACUCGGGCCAGGUCUGGGGUCUGAACGGUCAACUACCCGCCAUGACCACGUACUACGCACAACAAACACCUAAUCUCAACGGUGCUACGAUCUACUCCGCUACAGGAACCCCCAGUACACCUAACAACGCAACCACGAAUGCAGGCGGUAGUGCUCAUACACCAUCACACAUUGGAGCAGGAGCUUUGACUCCCGGAGGAGGAGGGGGAGUUUUUGGGGCGUUUCAGAUGGGGAAAUCAUGA